CGCAGAGCAGUGGCCCCAGGCCAGGACUCCGGCUUUCUGGGCUGUGGGAAGCUGGGCCAGCUGCUGCCUUGGUGUCCCCAGGGCCUUGGUCCUGGCUUGAGUCCCCCAAGCCCACACACUCCAGGCAGAGACUGCAGCUCCCUGGCCAGCACUGCCGGCCAUCGGAUUGAGCUGGAGCCGCCGCCUACACUCCUGAGCGCCUCGACCCCUGCCCUGGUGUGGAUCUGGAGGUGCCGGUGGUGGUCACCUUGGCUCCUGGGCUGGGCCGCUUCCCUUCUGCGGCAGAGGCUGUAAAGGCUGUGGGGAGGCGGUGAGGGCGGAGCCGUCAGCCCCUCCUCCCGAUGGCAGAGGCUGCCCUGCCCCUGGAGAGCCAGCACAGCCCUGAUGGCUCCCAACCCCAGCGGAUGCCUCCGCCUACUGCUGCUGCUCGCCUGCUGCCUGGCGCCUGCCCAGGCCACCCUGCUGCCCCUGGACUGGCUAUGGUCUUCGAAGAUCAGUGACUCCACUGCCGGGCCGGAUUCCCAGCCCCAGAGCCGUCCGUCUCUGCAGCCCACAGAGGCCCCCUCCACACACGUGGCCUCCCAGCAUGGGUCCCCAGAGCCAAGGACGGUCCCUACCAGCACCCAGCUGGCCUCGGAGCGACAGACAGCUGCCUGGAGUGAGGACCCUGCUGCCCACGUCACCCCCACCUCCCAGGCCGCCUCCGCCGCAAGCCAGGAUAGGAAGGAGGAGAAUGUCGCGGGCGUGGGUGCCAGGAUCCUGAACGUGGCCCAGGGCAUUCGGAGCUUCGUCCGGCUGUGGGACGAUGCUGCGUCGGUGGGAACGCCUGGCACUGUGGCCCCCACUGACCUGCGCAUGCUCACUGGCCCCUCUAGCGACCCCCAGGACAAGGCUGACUUCCGGCCCGGUUACGGAGCCCCAAGCAUCCUGGACACGCAGACAGCUGAGGCUGGUGCCCUGGCUGUGCCCACCCAGCCAUCUCCAUCCCUGGCGCCGCCGAGGGGGUUCCCUGUGACCCCGGUGUUCCCAGAGAGCACCAGCCGGGAGGUGGGGCUGCUGCAGCUCCUUGGGGAACCCCUACCUCAGCAGAUCAUAGCCAUCGAUGACCCCGAGGUCGGGCUGGCCUAUGUCUUUGGACCAGAUGCCAACAGCGGCCAGGCGGCCCGGUACCAUGUGCCCAGCCCCUUCUUCCGAGACUUCUCGCUGCUAUUCCACGUGCGGCCGGACACGGAGGGCGCAGGCGUGCUGUUCGCCAUCACGGAUGCAGCGCAGGCAGCCGUGGUGCUGGGUGUGAAGCUGUCAGGAGUGCAGAACCAGCACCAGAACAUCUCGCUGCUCUACUCGGAGCCAGGCGCCGGCCAGACCCGCACAGCUGCCAGCUUCCGCCUGCCUGCCUUCGUGGGCCAAUGGACCCACUUCGCACUCAGCGUGGACGCUGGCUCUGUGGCACUCUACGUCGACUGCGAGGAGUUCCAGAGGCUGCCAUUCACUCGGUCCCUGGGGCGCCUGGAGCUGGAGCCUGGUGCUGGCGUCUUCGUGGGCCAGGCUGGAGGAGCAGACCCUGACAAGUUCCAGGGGGCAAUUGCGGAGCUGUGGGUGCGUGGGGACCCCCGGGUGAGCCCUGUGCACUGCUUGGACGACGAGGACGAGGAUGAAGCCAGGGCAUCCGGAGACUUUGGCAGUGGCCUGGAAGAGACCCCAGAGCUUCACAGGGAGGACGAGGCUGUGACCCAGAUGCCCGGCCUCCCCCUGCCUCCACCUGUGACUCCUCCUCCUCUGGCCAGAGGCAGCAGUGUGGAAGAAGCCAGGACAGAGGAGGUCCAGGAGCAGACCACAGCAACCUCACCCGGGCGUGAAGCUCUUUCAGCUAAGACCCUUCCUGGCCCAGGUUCAGAGGACGCAUGGGACGAGAGUGCCUGGAGCCCAGGGAGUGGCCAGGGGAAGGGAGGCCUGAAGGGGCAGAAGGGGGAGCCAGGAGCUCGGGGGCCACCUGGCCCAGUCGGGCCCCAGGGCCCCACAGGCUCCGUGAUGCACGGCCCUGGUGCACACCCUGUCCCCGGACCCCCAGGGAAGGACGGUGCUCCGGGCAGGGAUGGCGAGCCGGGGGACCCUGGCGAGGACGGAAGACCAGGGGCCGCUGGGCCACAGGGCUUUCCGGGGACCCCGGGGGACGUGGGCCCCAAGGGUGAGAAGGGAGACCCGGGGGUUGGGCCAAGAGGACCCCCAGGGCCCCAAGGGCCACCAGGACCGCCCUUCAGGCAUGACAAGCUGACCUUCAUCGACAUGGAGGGGUCUGGCUUCAGCGGCGACCUGGAGACCUUCAGGGGCCCGCGAGGCUUCCCCGGCCCCCCUGGUCCCCCUGGAGUCCCAGGCCUGCCUGGGGAGCCUGGCCGCUUUGGGGUGAACAGCUCCCACGUUCCAGGACCCCCAGGCCUCCCUGGCGUGCCUGGGCAGGACGGGUCCCCCGGGUUCCCUGGCUCCCCGGGACACCCAGGACCCCCAGGGAAAGAGGGUCCUCCAGGAAAAGCGGGCCAGAAAGGCAGCCCUGGAGAUGCGGGCGCCCCUGGACCCAAGGGCAGCCAAGGAGACCCAGGCCCCGCAGGUGCUCCCGGGAAGACUGGCUUUGUAGGAGCCCCCGGGCCCAUUGGACCCCCAGGACCCCCAGGACCUCCUGGACCCCCCGGACCAGGACUUGCUGCAGGAUUUGAUGACAUGGAAGGCUCCGGAGCCCCCUUCUGGUCGACAGCCAGAGACUCCUCAGGGCUGCAGGGACCACCAGGCCUGCCCGGACUCAAGGGGGAUCCCGGCCUGCCUGGGCCUCCUGGAGACAAGGGAGAAGUCGGAGCGGAUGGAGCUCAAGGCUUCCCUGGCCUCCCGGGCAGCGAGGGCUCAGCUGGGCCCACGGGACCAAAAGGCGAGAAGGGGAGCCGGGGAGAAAAAGGCGACCCUGGAAAGGAUGGUGUGGGGCAUCCUGGCCUGCCUGGGCCCCCAGGACCCCCGGGAGCUGUGGUCUAUGUGUCCGAGCAGGAUCGAGCGCUGGCCAGUGUACCGGGCCCCGAGGGCAGGCCGGGCUUCGCGGGCUUCCCUGGACCCGCCGGGCCAAAGGGCGACGAGGGCUCCAAAGGCGCGCUGGGCUCCCCGGGGCCCAAGGGUGAGAAAGGAGAGCCGGGUGGCAUCUUCAGCCCUGACGGCAGAGCCCUGGGCCCCGUGCAGAAGGGAGCCAAGGGAGAGCCGGGCUUCCGUGGACCCCCGGGGCCAUACGGGCGGCCUGGGCACAAGGGAGAGAUCGGCUUUCCUGGACGGCCGGGUCGCCCCGGGAUGAACGGACUGAAGGGUGAGAAGGGGGAGCCCGGAGACGCCAGCCUCGGUUUUGGCGUGAGGGGAAUGCCUGGGCCCCCAGGACCUCCAGGUCCCCCUGGCCCACCUGGGAUGUCCAUCUAUGACAGCAACGCAUUCAUGGAGUCCGGCCGUCCUGGACCUCCGGGACCACAAGGGCUGCCAGGGCCUUCUGGACAAAAGGGCAACAAAGGGGACGUGGGCCCACCCGGACCACCAGGGCAGUUCCCCUUGGACCUCUUCCGUCUGGGAGCUGAAAUGAAGGGCGAGAAGGGGGACCGCGGGGACGCCGGACAGAAGGGCGAGAGGGGCGCGCCCGGGGCCAGCAGCGGCUUCUUUGGCUCCAGUGUGCCUGGCCCCCCCGGCCCCCCGGGGUACCCCGGGAUCCCAGUAAGCGUGGAACCCGCCACGGGCACACUCGGCCGCCUCGCUGCCCAAGGCCCCGCAAUCUUGGGUCCUAAGGGAGAGAGCAUCCGGGGCCCACCUGGCCCACCUGGCCCUCAAGGGCCUCCUGGCAUUGGCUAUGAAGGUCGCCAGGGCCCUCCUGGGCCCCCUGGGCCUCCCGGUCCCCCCUCAUUUCCCGGCCCACACAGGCAGACUGUCAGCCUUCCUGGUCCCCCUGGCCCUCCUGGCCCCCCAGGCCCCCCGGGGACCAUGGGCACCUCCUCAGGGGUGAGGGCCUGGACUUCCUACGAGGCCAUGCUGGAGAAGGUGCACGAGGUGCCUGAGGGCUGGCUCAUCUUCGUGGCAGAGGACGAGGAGCUCUACGUCCGUGUCCGCAAUGGGGUCCGCAAGGUCCUGCUGGAGGCCCGGAUGCCACUGCCUCGUGUGACGGACAACGAGGUGGCCGCCCUGCAGCCCCCGCUGGUGCAGUUGCACGGUGGUGGCCCAUACCCACAGCGGGAGCACCCCUACUCCACUGCGCGGCCCUGGAGGGCAGAUGACAUCCUGGCCAGCCCCCCACGGCUGCUGGACCCCCAGCCCUACCCUGGGGCCUCACAACACCAUGGCGCCUACGUGCAUCUCCAGCCAGCCAGUCCGACAGGCUCGCCUGCCCACACCCACCGUGACUUCCAGCCAGUGCUCCACCUGGUGGCGCUCAACAGCCCACUGCCGGGGGGCAUGCGUGGCAUCCGCGGAGCCGACUUUCAGUGCUUCCAGCAGGCGCGCGCCGUGGGGCUGAGCGGCACCUUCCGUGCCUUCCUCUCCUCGCGGCUGCAGGACCUCUACAGCAUUGUGCGCCGUGCGGACCGCGGGACUGUGCCCAUCGUCAACCUCAAGGACGAGGUGCUGUCUCCCAGCUGGGAGGCCCUGUUCUCAGGUUCCCGCGGCCAGCUGAAGCCUGGCGCCCGCAUCUUCUCCUUCGAUGGCAGGGACGUCCUGAAGCACCCAGCCUGGCCCCAGAAGAGCGUGUGGCAUGGCUCUGACCCCAGCGGGCGCCGGCUGACUGAGAGCUACUGUGAGACAUGGCGCACGGAGGCAGUGGGGGCCACGGGCCAGGCCUCCUCGUUGCUAGCAGGCAGGCUGCUGGAGCAGAACGCCGCGAGUUGCCGUAACACCUACAUCGUCCUCUGCAUCGAGAACAGUUUCAUGACGCCCUCCAAGUAGGGCCCUGCACUGGAUGGUGGGCAGAGGCAGUGAGGACUGGCACAGGCAGGGAGUGUCCGGCUGGCCCAGAACCUGGUGGAUACUUUCCCGUGUGGUUCACUUUUCAUGUAAUCCUUGAGAAAUAAAAGGAAGCCAAAGAGUAUAUUUUUUUUAAAGUUUAGAGCAGCCUGAUGCAAAGUGUCCCUGCUCCUGCCCUCCCCACAAUGCUGGCCAGCUGCAACACGGUGCUGGCCUCUGUGCCCAGGCCACUUCAGACCACGGCUGCCUUUCAGGAUGAAGGCUGGCCCAGGACACUUGGCCGAGACUUGCAGGUGUCCUGCUGUGGACUCACAGGCCACCAGUGUGGGAAGGGCCUGGCCACUGGAGGUGCUGGAGGCUGGGCCAGUCAGCAUGAAGCCCCUGGCCUGUCCUCACCACCCACUGGCUGUGCCAGACACAUGUUCGCCCACAGGGAGACAACAGCCACACCUGGGCCCCCUCCCCAGCUCCCUGCAGGAGCAGGCUUCCAGCUCAGUGUCCCCCACCACCUGGCCGUGCCUAGAACAGGAGGCCCACUAUGGUCUGUCCAGCCUGCCUGGGCAUCGGGGCCCCAUCAUGCCUCCUUGGGCUGGUAUCUCAGGUGACGCUGAGACCAGGCUGGGCCAGAGUAUGACCCCAUUGUCUGACUAGGAUAGGGGUGUGGGUGAUGAGUCAGGUAGUGGCAGUGUCCUGUCCCCAGCCCUUUUGCUUGCAAGUACAGAAGCCCAGCAGUCUCCCCAGAGCAUCUUGCCACAGGGGCCACAUGCUUGGCCACCCUGGGCCAACUGCAGCCACUGUGCUUCCUGCCUCAGGAUCUAGGGUCUGUGGUCUGAGGACUGGGCAAAACAAGCAGGACCAGUUCUGUAUCUGUGGUGUGAACUGUUUCAAAAGGACACUGAAUAAAGACCUUUUACACCGA